AUCUUGAAGGUUAUCCGAACACCUGACUACAAAAAUUGCAAGGCAGCCCGUGAAAUUCAAGAAAAGCUGAAGAUCGUGUCAAGGUUAUGUGAUAGCAUGAAAGAUGACCAGUCAAAGGCUGGUCAGAACAUUGAUCAGAAAACACCCAAAGAGCAGCAAUCUCGACCAUCUGAAAUUAAGCUUACUCCACCAGUUCCUGGCUUUCAGCAGCAGCCGGUUGAAGAUGGUCUUCCAGGGACCUAUGUAGUUGGAGGAUCUGCAUUUGGCUGGAAUUUUAUCACCUUUUCAGGCAAAGAUCCUGUCUAUUGCGGUAGGUCAAAGGAAGAAUUUCGAACUGGAAAAGCUUCUAAGUAAUCCUAUGGAACUUUAAACCCCUAUAUUGAUGGUCAGGAAGAACAAUAGAGUGUUGUAAGUGGUUAUCUUAAACAUUUUCUUUAAUGAUAAACGUUUUUUAAGAUACAA